UGUAAGAAAUACAAAGAACCAACAUGGAGUUCAAAGCUCGUCUCUGCCUCGUUUUCUUACUCUCGUUCGCUCUUGUCAGCUCAUCUCGAAUCAUGUCUGAUUCAGUUUCAGGAAUACAAGACAAUAUGAUUGUGAUAAAUGACUAUCCUGAUGCUGGUCCUAAUCCUAGUCAUAGUCCAAUAAUACCGUCGGCGCUGCUACCACCACCACAAUUUGAACCUGUUGAAGUUUCAGGAAUACAAGGUAAUAGGAUUGUGAUAAACGACUAUCCCGAUACCGGUCCUAAUCCUAGUCAUAGUCCAAUAAUACCGUCGGCGCUGCUACCACCACCACAAUUUGAACCUGUUGAAGUUUCAGGAAUACAAGGUAAUAGGAUUGUGAUAAACGACUAUCCUGAUGCCGGUCCUAAUCCUAGUCAUAGUCCAAUAAUACCGUCGGCGCUGCUACCACCACCACAAUUUGAAGAUUUUAACGUUGUCACGAAGCCCUAAACAAAUCUGUUUGUUGAAAUGGAACAUGUUGCUAGCAACAUGAGCAAGAAAGCUUAAAUAAAUAACUACUUUAUGUGUCGAAGUACUAUUGAUACUAAAACCGAUAUAUUGUGUAUACACAUCACUUCAUUUAUGAUGAAAUAAAGAUUGAAAUUAGUAUGGCAAUA